GGGCCAGCGCGGGCUGUGGCGCCAGAACGCAGGGGCCGCAGUGAGUGCCCGGCAGCCACCAUGGGGCAGAUCGAGUGGGCUAUGUGGGCCAACGAGCAGGCGCUGGCGUCCGGCCUGAUCCUUGUCGCCGGGGGCAUCGUGGCCACCGCCGGGCGCUUCACGCAGUGGUACUUUGGCGCCUACUCCAUCGCAGCAGGGGUGUUCGUCUGCCUGCUGGAGUACCCCCGGGGCAAGAGGAAGAAGGGCUCCACUAUGGAGCGGUGGGGACAGAAGUAUAUGACCGCUGUGGUGAAGCUGUUUGGGCCACUCACCAGGAAUUACUACAUCCGGGCCAUCCUGCACCUCCUGCUGGCAGUGCCCGCGGGCUUCCUGCUUGCCACCAUCCUGGGGACUGCCUGCUUGGCCAUUGCGAGCGGCAUCUACCUGCUGGCGGCCAUCCGUGGUGAGCAGUGGACCCCCAUCGAACACAAGCGCCAGGAGCGGCCACAGGUCGGAGGCACGAUCAAGCAGCCACCCAGCAAUCCCCCGCCCAGGCCCCCGGCUGAGGCCCGCAAAAAACCCAACGAGGAAGUGGCGGCAGCGGGCUCCCUGGGUGGUCCCCAGUCCAACCCCAUCCCAGUGACUGAUGAGGUCGUAUGACCAUCGCUGGACCGGUCUGCCAUGGCUCUGACCCACACUCCCCUGCACGGCCACCACUGGGCGGCCACACUUGCAACAAUAAACACAGAGAAUGCCCUGUG